UUGACAAGAGUUCUAAAGAAACAGACGAGAUGGGACCGCUCCGUGUGGCUACGAUCAGUCUCCUGGUUGUUGUGGCGUUGUUGCUGAUGACCAUGGACGCCGACGGACGAAAACGUGGUCGGGGAAGGGAUCGUGAGGACAGGGGCCUGCGGAAUCAAGAAGGACCGCUGCCGUGGAGGGGGGGAAAUCCACCGAGCGGAGAAAAAGAGAGCGACGGGGAGGGUCGUGGAGGGGAAACAGAGGAGAGCGGAGGGCGCCGAGGACGGCCCCGUGGAAGGGGGAGGCAGAACAGCGGCAGUGGGGAAGAAGACAGCGCUGAGAGCGGGCUCAGUAGUGAGGAGGGUUCCCCUAGCGGCCCCAAACCGAAUCGCCGCCCUCGUGGCAGGAGACCAGGUCAUAAGGGAGACGGACAAGAUGGGGAAGACCGCCCGGGUGCCAGUGGCGAGGGCUCCGGUGGGGAAGACCGCCCGGGUGCCGGUGGCGAGGGCUCCGGUGGGGAAGACCGCCGGGUGCCGGUGGCGGGUGCCGGUGGCGAGAGCUCCGGUGGGGAAGACCGCCCGGGUGCCGGUGAGGAAGGCUCCGGUGGGGAAGACCGCCCGGGUACCGGUGGGGAAGGUGAGGGUCCAUCGGGCACUGGUGACGAAGGCCCGCCGGGAGCAGGCGAAGAAGGCGCCGGCGGGGAAGGCAACGAGCCCCCCGGCGGUGACACUCCCGUAGUUCUCCCGACCCAGGUCCCGUCUGCAUAA